CACAAAGUUCAUAAAUAAUUAACUUGCUCUCUUUGUCGUAGCACUAUUUUCCUUUCCUAGCUGAGAGUUCCCUAAUAUGGAUACUACACAGAGAAAUGAAGCUCCAAUGAGGGAGGGAAACGAAGACGUGGCUGCUAAGUUCAAAGAAUCAUCGGAAAUCAUUGUUAUAUAUCUCAACCUUCAGCUUUCUCUCAUUUCCUUCUUCAAAGAUGAUAAAGCCGGUCAAGAUUUCUUCGCAACCCACCCCAAUGUUGUGAUGGCUAUGGUUUUCUUUAUUCAGCUCUUGUUCUUUGUGGGGCUUCUGGGAACAAUGCUUCCCGGCCAGGUCUCGAUGAAGAUCCUACGGUGGAUCAUACUAGUUCUUGGAGGAGUGUCCUCUGUUUUGGUUCAGACUAUGAUGAUAUAGUCACCAAUUGCUUGCUUAUGAUUAAGGUUGUUACCAUGAGCUCUUUAAACUCUUUGUCUCUUCAGCUUUUGGACUUAAUAAAGAAAAUGAGUAUACCAUAGUCUACUCUACCGAAGGAAGCUUAAUUGAGGUAGAUCUACUAAAUUAUAAUAGUAACAUGCUGUGACAUAGUUUCUCAUUGGUGUAGGAGUGAUUCUUGUUGUUGUACUAUUUAGGGAGUGUAUCAAAUAUGCUGUAACUUUGUUUGU